GCGCUGUGUCACCGGUUGGAAUGCGACUGAAUCGGUGCUUGGUGACGGGCGUGUAUAUGGCAGCUCAGAGCUUCUUUUCCCGAGGAGCUUCAUUCAGAGGGCUUGGCAGCGGUAGCUGCAGCAACGGACUGCGUGCGGGGCGGCUCGCAGGCCGAGUCAACCACCGCCACCGCCACCUCCACGUCCUCGCAAAUCCCACCGCAACAAGCGCCGACACAAGAAUAAGCAGUAACAUGAUGAUCGGUAGUAGCAGACCACCAGCAUCCGCCGCCGACCCACGCUGCCCAAUACACGAGCUCGCGACCAGUAGCAGCAGCGGCGAAGGCGGCGGGUCCGGCCGAAGACGAAGCAAGUCCCACCGGCGUCGCCGCUCCCGCAGCGAGGACGAAAAGGACAGACGGCAGGCGGGCAAGGCUGGCGGGGACGGCUCGCCGCCGAGGGGGGGGCGGCUGGGCAGCCACGGUGCCCACAGGGCCCCCGGGGCCCCCGGCAGGGUGAAGAAGAGGGAAAGCGCGGGCGAGGACGGGGAUGGGCGGCGGCGGCGGCGCGGCGGCGGACCGGCGGCCAAGAAGAAGAAAGACGGUGCGGACGAUAACAGGCUAGACAGAAGCAGCAGCAGCCGCCGUAGCCGGAGUCCGAAGAAACAGCAACAGGGGGGCGGCGGCGGCGUGCCUCAGCUUCCCCUGUUCGGGCUGGACAUCCCGGAGGACCGCGUGCACGUGGUGGACACGCCCGAGGGCGUGCGGGACGCCGCGGCCGUGCUCGGCAGGAGCGUGUUGAUGUCCGUAGACACGGAGACGCAGCCGUCGUUUGCCGUGGGAGAGUGGCACCCGACGUCCUUGCUGCAGGUCGCCACGAGGGACGCCAACGGGGAGGAGGACGUGCUCGUGAUAGACCUGCUCUCCCUCAAGGACGGCUUAUUCCUGCCCGAGAGCUUGAGCGAGGCCCUGUCCGGCCCGUUCGGCUCGCCGAGCGUGGUCAAGCUAGGUGGGCCCCUACACGUAGGUGUCGGAUUAGCCAACGACCUGGACGAGAUGUCGUUCGCCUUUGACAAAACCCCGUUCCUGGAGCAAGUCCCAGGAGUGCUCAACCUUAACGCUCUCAACACCAAGCUAACAGGAGGAGUAUGCGACGACCAAGGCAUCCCUCGCGACUUGGGGCUUAGAAAGCUCGCGUCAAUGUGA